UUUGACCCUGCCUUCGCAGCAGUAGGCGGCUCUGGGCACGCCCCGCCCCCAAACCCCCCGUCCCGCCUACUCCAAAAGCGCCUGCGCCUUUUGACCCCGCCGCCGCGCCGCAGGCCAUACUGCAAGCCUGUGACCGUGAUGGCGGAUGUGUCCGAGAGGAAGCUACAGCUGUCAAUGCUGUUGGCCUUCGCCUCAGGAGUGCUCGUGGGUUGGCAGGCAAACCGGCUGCGGAGGCGCUACCUGGACUGGAGAAAGCGGAGACUUCAGGACAAACUGGCGGUGACGCAGAAAAAGCUGGACCUGGCUUGAGCCCCUUGCUUUCGGCCCCGGAUGGCCCCUGCGUGGCCCCCUUUCUUGCCCACACGGGGCCUCUAGCCUGAGCCGGGCUCGCCUCACACUCCCCGCCUGCCGAGCCAGGCUCCUCCCGGAGUGUAGCAUGUUGAAGAUGGAUACAGAGCACUGGACAGAAAUCAUUUCACCUUGUACUCUAUAAAUCAAUUUUAUUUUUAAAAUAAAAAUAUUUUAAACAUC